CAGCCCAAUCAGGGCCGCUCGGAGGAAUUCAAACCCCGGCCCCGCAAGCGCCGGCGGCUCCGCUCCGCUCCCCGGCCGGGAAGCUGCGCCGUGGAGCGGCCGGGAACGGCGGCGGCACCGGGAGCGGGGCCGGUCCGGAUGGGCUCGGGGAGCGGCGGGGCGGGCGCGGCCCCCGCCCGGCGCCCGGAGCGCAGCCCUGGACAGCCGGACGCUCCCUCGGUGACAGUGACAGUGACAGUGACAGCGCCAGCGCCGGUGUCGGGGCUGUGCGGGCACGGCCUGGCCCUGCUCCUGUCCCCAGGCAGCUGCAGCCAGCUCUGUGCUCGGCCAGGAGCCGAUCCCGAGGGGUUGCCCAUGGAAUAGGCGCUUUUCCCGGUGCCUGGGCACAGCGGGAGGCUGGAGUUCGUGCCGUGAUCACGCCCUGCCCCGGAGCCCCCGGCCUCUGCCAUGAAUGAUGCAUCCACCAUGGACUAUGAACUGCUCUCCCCGUCCCUGGUGGAGCACCCCGCCGGCGCCGCGGGCAUGGACGCCGAGCAGAAAACCGUGUUUGCCUUCGUCAUCUUCCUGCUGGUGUUCCUGGUGAUGCUCAUGGUGCGCUGCUUCCGCAUCCUGCUGGACCCCUACAGCCGCAUGCCCGCCUCCUCCUGGACGGACCACAAGGAGGGCCUGGAGCGCGGCCAGUUCGACUACGCGCUGGUGUGAGGG